AUGGAGUCUCCGGAGAGGGGGAGGUCAGCGGUGGCGAUGGAGUUCCCGGCGAGCGAUGGCGCUAUGUCGUGCUCGCCACCGACUAUGCCGCCGUGGCUCCGACGAAGGCUCUCCGAGUCCAAGACGCCGCCACCGUCUACCGUUGAAGAAAUCGAAGCCAGGCUUCGGGACGCCGAUCUUCGCCGUCAGAAAUUUUAUGAGAAUUUGUCCAGCAAGGCUAGGCCAAAGCCUAGAAGCCCCUCGCGAUGUUCAUCUCAUGAAGAUGAUCUUGGACACCGCCUUGAGGCUAAGCUUCAAGCUGCUGAAGAGAAAAGGUUGAGCAUUCUGACAAAGGCACAGAUGCGCCUUGCUAAGCUUGAUGAAUUGCGGCAAGCUGCUAAGUUAGAGGCAGAAAUGCGCUUCAGAAAGGAACGCGCUGAGUUAGGUAUAAAGGUUGAAAUGCGGGUUCAGCAGGCAGAGGCCAAUAGAAUGCUUAUCCUCAAGGCUUAUAAGCAAAGGAGGGCCAUACUAAAGGAGAGAACAUCUCAAUCAUUGCUUCGAAGGAUGGCCAGGGAGAGCAAGUAUAAGGAACGAGUGUGCACUGCAAUAAGCCAAAAGCGUGCAGCUGCCGAGAAGAAGCGACUGGCAUUGCUGGAAGCAGAGAAGAGGAGGGUACGUGCCAGGGUCUUGCAGGUGAGGAAGGUAGCAAGGUCCAUUUCUCACCAGCGAGAGAUUGAGAGGAAGGAAAUGAAGAACAAGCUAGAAGACAGACUACAAAGGGCAAGGAGACAGAGAGCAGAAUAUUUAAGGCAGAGAGGAAGACCGCAUAAUUUUGUUUGUUAUGAUUGGAAUAUCACGCAAGAGCAGGAGGCUGACAUCCUUUCCAGAAAAUUAGCAAGGUGCUGGAGGAAGUUUGUGAUGGCUAAAAAAACUACAUUACAUCUUGCCAGAGCUUAUAGUCAGCUGAAUAUUAAUGAGGGAUCGGUGAAGGGAAUGCCAUUUGAGCAGUUUGCACUUCUUAUCCAGUCAACUGCUACUCUUCGUACAACAAAAGCUUUACUUGACCGAGUAGAAAAUCGCUUUAAUUUGUCACGGAUGGCUGGAUCUGCUCCUAAUACUUCUAGUUUGGAUGAUAUUGAUCACCUUCUCAAGCGAGUAGCCACCCCAAAAAGGAGGGAAACACCUAGGAAAAAUGUCUCAAGUAGAGAGGGAAAAAAGACUCCAGCCAUUAGGCAAGCAGCCAAAACUCCUGUUAAAUUAUCAAGGUACCAAGUGAGAGUUGUACUUUGUGCUUACAUGAUCCUGGGACAUCCAGAUGCUGUUAUCAGUGGUCAAGGGGAGCGUGAGAUUGCUUUGGCAAAAUCGGCUGAGAAAUUUGUGAAAGAGUUGGAGAUGCUGAUUAAGAUAACACUAAAUGGACCUAUACAAGUUUCUGACGGGCAGUCUAACCGUGUACUGGGUGGGCGUAGGACUUUCAGGUCUCAACUUGGAGAAUUUGAUUCGGCAUGGUGUUCCUUUUUGAAUAGCUUUGUGGUGUGGAAGGUUAAAGAUGCUAGGUCGUUAGAGGAAGAUCUGAUCAAGGCUGCUUGUCGGCUAGAACUCUCCAUGAUUCAGACCUGCAAGAUGACUCCUGAUGGAGAUUGUGGUUUUCUCACCCAUGAUAUGAAGGCUAUACAGAAACAGGUCAAUGAAGAUCAGAAGCUUUUAAGGGAGAAAGUUAUACACCUCAGUGGAGAUGCUGGUAUCGAACGUAUGGAAAGUGCGCUUUCUGACACGCGAAUGAAAUUCUUUGAGGCAAGGGAGAAUGGAAGACCAAUCAGCCCACUAUCUACACUAAUUUUAUCCCCGAAUACUGCUUCCCCACCUUCCCUUGGUAGCUCGGACGAAACAAAUGAUUUGGCUGAAAAUACUCAGACGCGAAGUCCUGUAGUGCGGUCUUUAUUUAGGAAUGAAGUUAAUCCCAAGGAAGUUAGUUCCCCAUCUUCUAGCAGUAUCCCACCCCAAUAUUCUAGUGAGAAGUUGGACUUGGAGAAUGUGAGGAUUGUGAAUGAAUGUGUCCAUGGGGUGAACCUCGCGUUUGUUGAUACUUCUAAUUCUGCUGAUGAAGGCCAGGACAACAUCAUGGCAAAGGUUAGAGAGACUAUGAAGAAGGCUUAUUGGGACGGUGUCAUGGAGUCCGUGAAAAAGGACAAGUCUAACUACAGCCGUCUUGUUGAGUUGACGAGGGAGGUAAGCAAUGAAAUUUCUGCAAUGGCUCCUCAGAGUUGGAGACAAGAAGUUAUUGAAGCUAUUGACCUGGACAUUCUGACUGAGGUGUUGAAUUCAGGCAAAGUGGACAUUGAUUACCUGGGAAAGAUUCUGGAAUUUGCAUUGGUCACUUUGCAGAAGCUCUCUGCUCCUGCUUGUGAGGAUGAAUUGAAGGAAAAACACCAGAAAUUUUUGAAAGAGUUGGCUGAGGUAUGUUGGGCCAGUGAUGGGUCAGAGAAUUCACAUGUCAUUGCAUUCAUUAAGGGCUUGCGUUUUGUUCUAGAACAGAUACAGGAACUCAAACAAGAAAUAAGUGUGGCCCGUAUAAGAUUUUUGGAGCCUUUCUUGAAGGGGCCUGGUGCUUUAGAGUUUCUUGGAAAAGCUUUCACUAAGCAUUAUGGUCACCCUUCCAAUGCCUCCACCUCUCUACCCUUAACGGCAAAUUGGCUUUCAUCUAUGAAUGAGAACAUUGACCACACUUCAGAAUGCAACGGAGAGGAGAUUGAUAUAUUGGUGAGGUUGGGCCUGUUAAAGUUGGUAAACAAGGUACAUGGUUUGGAAGAGGAUGAGCUUCCUGAGACUAUGAAGCUUAACAUCUCCAGGUUAAGAGCUGUUCAGUCUCGGGUUCAGAAGAUCAUUGUGAUUGCGACAAGCAUUCUAAUCUUGCGACAGGCUCUAGUGAGCCGGCGAAUGGUAACCAGCCAAGCAGACAUGGAAAGCCUUCUUUCUAGCUGCAUCAAAAGACUUUCAGCAUGUCUUGACUCUAACAAGGAUGCCGGUAUCCCAGAUAUCAUUGCAUUACUUGGUGAAGCUGUGGAGAAGUCAAUUGGCAUGAAGCUCGAGUCGAUGGAGGAAAUUAUGGCAAGAAUGUUGGUCAAAAAUCUGGAACGAGAGGAUGCUGUUUUUAACAUGGUUUCUCGUGCAAUAUAUUUGGCUACCAGAGGGGUCGUACUUGGGGGAACUGGCAAACAUGGAAGAGAACUGGCGGAAACAGCAUUGCAGAAAGUGGGGGCGGCAUUGCUCCUUGAUGAAGUGGUGGCUGCAGCCUCAGUAUUGGUGGCAGUGGCCAAGGUUUCUGUUAGUGUUCAUGGCCCUUGGUAUGCAUCUUUGAUAACAGAGUAA